UUCCUACCAAAGGUCAAGGAUCAAGGGAAAUUCACUCUCCCUUGCACACUUGGGCAUCUUGAGAUUGACAAUGCCUUAGUGGAUUCUGGAGCAAGCAUCAAUCUGAUCUCUCUCUCCAUGGCAGAGAAGCUAGGCAUUGCUGGAGCCUUGCAGCGCCCUACUACUUCAAUCAUGUUUGGAGAUGCAACUUCUAAGUCUCCUCUUGGAGUGUUCAAGAACUAUCACUUGAAAAUUGGAGAAUGCAUCAUCCAAACUGAUCUCACUGUGAUGGAAAUGGAAGAAGAGAAGGAUUUGCCUCUGUUAUUGGGAACCCCUUUCCUUAGUACAGUUGGCGCUUCAAUAGACUUUCACAAGCAAGAAGUGAUCCUUCACAAGGUGAAUAGUUUGGUGUCAUAUCGCUUGCAGCCUAGAGGUUCAGACUUUUGUGCCACAAUUGACAGUACCACUCUCAGUUCUAAGAGUCAUGGAGCUACAAAGGUUGUGAAGGAAAGGGUUGACAAGGAACCAAGAGUUGGGAAGGAUAAGGAUGAGAGAGGACCAAGGAUUGAGAAGCCACGUCUUGAGAGGGCUAGAGUUGAGAAACCACGUUCUGAUAGGCCAAGAGCUGAUAGACUUGUUCAAGCCCCUUGUGUGCUUGAUGAAGAGAGCCUUCAAGCUUUGUUUGAUGAGCCACUAGGAAGGGCUCUAAAAGAAGGGGAGGAUGUAGCCUCUAAGGCAAGACCAGGGAUAAAAGAAAGGAUCCACCAGCUCAGGCCCCUUCAUCAAGCCAUCUCAGCUCACAAUGACUUUGUUCCCCACCAAGUUUGA